AUGGCGCCCAUCUCGCAACAUUCCUUCGUAUCCACAGACACAUUUGUGUUCCAGUCAACGGCGGUUAUUCGUCAGAAACCGGAGAAAGAGCAAGGCGAGCUCGAAUCCGAAACAGCCUCCACUCCGGAAUAUCCAGCACAUUCGCAGGCAACCACUGUGCCCGAGCCCAUUCCGCAACAUCCCGACUUCUCGACGGAGGCCAUUUUUGCCGAAAUGACCCUGUUGGCCCCCUUGUGCGAGCCCGAGCUGACCGCGUGCAAACCUCAAUCGACAUCGGUCCAGCAGAUUGAAAAUGACGAGAUGAUUCUUGCAAUGAAGACUGAAUGCCUAGACUCUCUGAAGGAAUAUGUACCAACCACGCAGAUGUAUGAUACAAGAUACUUCUUGGAGACCUUUGUCCACCAUUUACCUCUCGAGGGAGGUAAGAAUCUCAUGAAGGAAAUCAUCAAGUUCUCCGUGACUCCCGAAAAGCUGCGACAGCUAAGAAAUUUUCUUGCGGGCACGAUUCUCAAGCCAGUUGACCAUGGCAUCGGUAACUACAGGGCCGAGAGAGAUUCCGCCUCAAGAAAGAAGCAGGAAGAUCUUGAAGCGUCUUGUUUAAAGCGGGACGGGUACCGCUGUGUACUGAGAGGGGCUUAUCAGGAACAGUACUUCAUGACCCAACUGUCCGCACAUGAGAAGACGAGACAGUAUUGGGAGGAGCACACUGUGGCACACAUAUUGCCACACGUACUUGGGGGGAAUUUGACGAGAAAAACGUUGAAGAGUAUCAACAAGGCGGAAGACGCCAUCAUACUAGCCAAAUACCUGCCGUUCAACGACUUCCGGUUUGGGUUUGAACCAACACGCGAGCCUCACACCUAUCGCGUGCAUGUCUUCGAGAGCGGUAUUGGUCACUAUCAGCUGAGCAUGGAACCUCGAAGCGUCACCUUUAGACAGAAUGAUGCUCGCAACCCUGUGCCGCUUCCAGAUCCCAACCUGUUGAGAGUUAAUUAUGCUCUGGGAAAGAUGUUCAACCUAAGUCAAGAGAAUACCUGUGUAUAG